CCAAUUCAUAGAGUCACCCGAUUCCGAACCUAAUUCGGAUUUUUGCAACCUUGGUUGGCAGAGAAAACAUGCACUCCGUAAUCCAAACUGACUUGCGUCGAACUAGAUUUUUUUAGAAGCGGAAGAAGCUUUCAAGACUCUCGCGCUCUCUAGAUUUGUCAGAAUCUCCUAUAUACCGGGAGAACUCUGAGAUUUCACUGAAUAUCGGACUCUAAAUGCCACUUCUCUCUUCAAAUUGAAGGUAGAGUUUAUUGGCUAUGGAAAUUCUCUCAUUCUAUUAUGCACCAUGCUCUUAUGUUGAAAAUUUACGAAAGGAAUCGGUUCUGAAAAGCUCAAAUUCACAUCAGCCAAACCCCAACUUUAGAAAACAUAGACUUUGGUGCACUAAAAUCGAUUCCAGAUGUGGAUCUUUGAAACUUUGCAAUUUAGAUCAGUCUGUCUUAAAGAAACUCAGCCGCUCGGGCAGUUUAAGAUUACGGAAUAUCCGUCAAGGUCUUAAAAAUGUUGAAUCAAAAGUCUUGAGUGGAAGCUACAAUGGUUAUGUGAUCGGUGGGGAAAUGGAUGCUAGAGAUAUUUCAGAACGGGGGGAAUCAGCGAACAAAGUUGUAAUUCCAGACUUGCCAGAUGAAUCCAAUGGUGAAUCUGGUGCUCCAGUCAGCAGUUGUUUCUGGGAAUGGAAGCCCAAGCUCAAUGUACAUUAUGAGAAAGCAGGGUGUGGAAAUUUGAGUUCCCCGCCAGUGCUCUUUCUUCCUGGUUUUGGUGUUGGUUCUUUUCAUUACGAGAAACAGCUGAAGGAUUUAGGACGUGAUUUUAGAGUUUGGGCAAUCGAUUUUCUUGGGCAAGGCAAGUCGUUGCCUCUGGAAGAUCCUACUACUUGUUCUAAUGAAGGAGAUACACCAGAGAGGAAAGAUUAUGCCUGGGGGUUUGGGGGUGAAACUAAACCAUGGGCAAGUGAUCUUGUUUAUUCUAUUGACUUAUGGCAGGAUCAAGUUCGAUAUUUUAUUGAACAGGUCAUUGGUGAACCAGUCUAUGUCGUUGGGAACUCACUAGGAGGAUUUGUGGCUCUAUACUUUGCGGCAGGCAAUCCUCAUUUGGUGAAAGGUGUUACGUUGCUUAAUGCAACUCCUUUUUGGGGAUUUCUUCCUAACCCCAUAAGAUCUCCUAGACUAGCAAAAUUAUUUCCAUGGGCUGGAACAUUUCCUCUGCCUACCAGUGUGAGAAAGCUCACAGAAUUCAUCUGGCAAAAAAUUAGUGAUCCUGGAAGUAUUGCAGAGAUACUUAAGCAAGUUUAUGCAGACCAUUCAACCAAGGUUGACAAGGUGUUUUCUCAUAUACUUGAGACGGCACGGCAUCCAGCUGCGGCUGCAUCAUUUGCCUCAAUUAUGUUUGCUCCUCGGGGACAGUUAUCUUUUAGGGAAGCUUUAACUAGAUGUCAAAUGAACAAUGUACCAAUGUGCCUCUUGUAUGGAAAAGAAGACCCCUGGGUGAAACCUGUUUGGGGCCUACAGGUGAAACGACAGGUGCCUGAAGCUCCAUAUUAUGAGAUCAGCCCAGCUGGUCACUGCCCUCAUGAUGAAGUUCCUGAGGUUGUGAAUUAUUUAUUACGAGGAUGGAUCAGAAACAUAGAGACCCAGGGUUCAGUUGCAUUACCUCUGCUUGAGGAUGGAGAAAGUAUCCAGAAUAGCAUAGCCAGGGAGUUGGAAUUUGUGAGAGAUGGAUCCAGAAAAGCAGUGAGGGUGCAUUUCUUUGGAUCCAGGUUCUCAGUCUGGAACAGAAUAAGAUCUUAUAUGAGUUCCCACUCUGGAAAGUCGGAUAUCAAAUCUUGACACUUGACACUGCCUCCCACCAACUUUGCCUUCCGUGAAUAUAAAGAUGGAAAUGUAGCAUAUUUUUCGUAUAUUGUUUUCUUAAAUUUAUAUAAUUCCAUAUUCUUUACACCUCAAAA